AGGAUCUAUUGUUUCCAACCGCUUAAGCGUAGACUUGAAGUUCAAACGACCGAGAUCGUAUCACUUUCCUUCAUUUUCCCACGGUUUCUCUCUCAUUUUCUCUCACUUUCUGGCCCCGGCAAAUUCCGACGAACGGUCUCCAGCAAGAGAAGGAUUGGAACUUUACAGAGAAGUUUGAAGGGUGGUUGGUUUGGAUCUGAGGGCUUAGUCAUAUGGUCCUCAUCUCAGACGCAUUGUGAAUAAUUUUUCAUUUAGUAUUCACAUUUGAUGCAGAACUUUUGGAUAAUCUAUCUGUAAAGCCAUGCCAGAAAACAUAGUAGUUAACCCUUACAGACAGCAGGCUCAGUAUUGGAAGAUCUGAAUUAAUGUUUCACGAUUUAGGAUCUUGUUUGUUUCGUGCUGAGGAAGUUCAACUAUAUGUUAUUCAUCAUUCCUCACCAGUGCGCUGACUCCGUGGAAUCGUCUCAGGAUGAUGGUUGGUGAUCUAUUGGUUCUUCACAAGUUCAAUUACUAUGGAGUUCAGUCCUAAAACCAUCAAUACAUAUUGGUUUUGGGCAAAAAUGAAGAAAUGGUAUGUAGGCAUUUUAAUUGCAUCCUUGUUUAUGUUGCUCAUUCUAAUGUACGGAGUCAUGAAAAAUCCUGUUGGUGAAAAUUAUCUGUCAAAUCCCUUCUACAAUACAACAAAUCCUCUUGAGUGGAUUAAUUCUGUAGCUCCACCUGUAGUUCAGAUUCCAGAGACUGGUUCUAAAGUGGUUUCUGCCAAUACCAUAAUCUCCAGUCUCUUUCAACCGAGGAACAUCUCCAUUGAAGAGCAGCAAACUAUGCAAACAUGGAACCAUCUGAAACACUUAAUAGGCAAUGCUCAGGUUUUACCUAAUGCAGUAGAGGCAAUUAAGGAAGCUGGACUUGCAUGGAAUAGCCUUAUGGCAUCAGUUGAAGAGGAAAGACUUGCCUAUGGAAAUGAAAGUUCCCAUCGGAGAGGAAAAGACAAACAAUGUCCUCAUUUUCUAAGUAAAAUGAAUGCCACAGGGCUUGAUGAUGGUGGUUUUAAGUUGCAGGUUCCUUGUGGACUGACUCAGGGUUCUUCCAUUACUAUUAUUGGCAUUCCAAAUGGUCUUCUUGGUAAUUUUCGAAUUGACCUAACUGGGGAACCACUUCCAGGAGAGCCUGAUCCGCCCAUUAUUUUGCAUUACAAUGUUAGGCUUCAUGGUGAUAAGAUAACUGAGGACCCUGUAAUUGUACAAAAUACAUGGACUGUUGCUCAUGAUUGGGGUGAAGAGGAGCGGUGUCCAUCACCUGACCCUGGGAAGGUUAAGAAAGUGGAUGAGUUGGAUCAGUGCAACAAGAUUGUAGGUAAAGAUGAUUUGGCAGCUAGUAGGCGCUUCAAUGGUUCAAGAAAGUUUUCAAUUGUCCCAGAAGGAUCUAAGACAAGAACAUAUUUCCCUUUUAAGCAAGGUCAUCUUUCUGUUGCAACGUUUAGAGUGGGAACAGAAGGAAUCCAGAUGACAGUUGAUGGAAAGCACAUAACAUCCUUUGCUUUUCGUGAAACUUUGGAGCCAUGGCUGGUUAGUGAAGUAAGGAUUUUGGGAGACAUAAAGUUAGUGUCUGUCGUGGCCAGUGGUUUACCAACAUCAGAGGAUUUAGAGCACAUAAUUGACUUGGAAGCACUCAUAUCACCACCUCUUCAUUCUCGAAGGUCAUUGGAUCUCUUCAUAGGUGUUUUCUCUACAGCAAACAAUUUUAAACGUAGGAUGGCUGUUCGAAGGACAUGGAUGCAGUUUCCUGCAGUGCGGUCUGGGGCAGUUGCUGUGCGCUUUUUUGUUGGUUUGCAUAAAAACAAGAUGGUGAAUGAGGAACUCUGGAAUGAAGCACAGACAUAUCGAGACAUACAGCUGAUGCCGUUUGUUGACUACUACAGCCUUAUCACCUGGAAGACUGUAGCUAUCUGCAUCUUUGGGACUGAGGUCGUCUCCGCAAAGUUUGUCAUGAAAACAGAUGACGAUGCAUUUGUUCGCGUGGAUGAAGUGCUCGCUUCUUUAAACAGGAUAAAUGUGACUCAUGGGUUGCUUUAUGGUCUCAUCAACUCGGAUUCCAAACCUCAUCGGAAUCCUGAAAGCAAGUGGUAUAUUAGUAAUGAGGAAUGGGCUGGUGAGAAGUACCCUCCUUGGGCACAUGGCCCCGGCUACGUUGUGUCACGUGACAUAGCGAAGGCAGUCUAUAAGAGACAUAAAAAGGGUGACUUGAAGAUGUUUAAGCUAGAAGACGUGGCAAUGGGCAUCUGGAUUGACAAUAUGAAGAAGGGAGGUUUGGAAGUAAGGUACGAGAAGGACGAGAGGAUCUUUAACGAGGGAUGUAAAGACGGUUAUGUCAUUGCACACUACCAAGGUCCGAGGGAGAUGCUGUGUUUAUGGCAGAAACUUCAAGAAACGAAACGUGCUAGAUGCUGUGGCGAACAAUAAUCAUAGAGCUACACAAGUCAUUUUUUGAAGCAAAAAAUCUUACUGAGUAAUCAUGGUUGCUGGCACGUAACAGAGAUUCUACUGUCUCAAGAGGAGAUGGGACAUUAAUCAUACAAAAAGUGGUACUCACCAUUUCAUAAAUAGGAAUUUCGAGUAGUAAAAAAAGCAUAUCGGUAGGCUAGUUUUUAGAAUUUGUUAUAUGAUACAAUGCUGCAGAUUUUGCGCGGCGAUGAAGGAUCUGUAACAUAUGUAGAGUGAGAGAGAAAUGUCCCUUUGUAUAGAAUGUACGCAUUAAUCGCAUAUAGUAGGGCGACAUGUCAUUUUCGGUACACCGGUCAGUAUGUUUCUAUUUGAUACAUUUUUUCUUCUUUCUAAAUGAUACGCUCUUUAAUCA